CAAGCACAAGAUUUGACAUCGCCCUAGUCCUUAGCUGGGCGCACCCACCCGGUCGACCAAUGGGACGCAUGAAAUCAUUUUUUGCGGCUUCACUUCUGGCACCCGCACUGGCCGUGUUCCAGAAGAACUGCUUUAGGCUCCUGGAGGAGCCUUUGGCUGAAGCUCCUUUCAAGCCUGAUGAAGUGGGAAAGCUUUUGCAGCACUUCCGCAUGAAUAUCGAUGUGAACGGUACUGGAGCAAUCAUCGCGUCUCCGGGAGCUACCCCUGCCUUGCCCCCAUCUUGCGAGGGGGGCUACAAGUACCACUGGACGCGAGAUGGUGCCAUCAGCAUGUCCACGAUGGUGAAGUUGGGGGAUGCCUUGGGCUUGCCGGAGUCGCACCUGGAGCAGCUCUCGCUGAGCUACGCGAACUGGGUGCAGAAGCUGCAUGAAAAUGGCACCACCGCGUUUCUGGAGCCGAAGUGGGUCAUUGAGAAGGCGUCGCCCUAUGAGCUCCCCUGGUGCAAGCCCCAGAGCGACGGCCCCCCGCUGCGCGCCCGCGUGCUGAUGCAGAUGGCCCGGCGCUUCCCCUCCAACGCAGGCCUCUUCUGGGAGUUGGCCAGCAAGGACCUGGACUGGCUGGUUUCGAAGACGGAUGGCAAGCCCAACAUUGAGAUCACCACUUGCGAUUUGUGGGAAGAGACCACCGACUCAGACUUCUUCUGGAACCAAGCUGUGAUGCGCGCGGCUUUGUUGGAAGGCAUCGACUACAGCCGCAAGGUGGGUGACCAGGCACGAGGGCAAGCCUACAGCGAGGCGCUGCACGACUAUCUGCGGAGACCGCUCAGCCGGCACGUGGAGUGGUCGCUGUUCGGCAGCUACGCGACUGAAUGCCCAACCUUGGAAUUCUGGGGAACCAGCUGCAGGAAAUACAGGCUCGACUCUGCCGCGCUUUUGUGA